GUUACUGCUACGAGGGGAGAUGGCACAGAGAAGAUCUCAGCUGGACCUAGACUCCAUUUCCUGUUGGAUAUGUCUGGAUGUGAUGAAAGAUCCAGUCACUAUUCCCUGUGGACACAGCUACUGCAUGGACUGUAUUACAAACUAUUGGGAUGGAGAGGAACAGAAGAAAAAGAAGAGCUGUCCUCAGUGUAGGAAGGCCUUCACACCCAGAUCUGCUCUGGUGAAAAACACCAUGUUAUCAUUCCUGGUGGAGCAGCUGAACAGGACUGAACUCCUUACUCUCAAAAGGUCUCGGGCGCAGAAAGAGAUCAAUGUGAGUCUACAGAAAACCCAGCAGAGGAUGCAGGACAGAAAGGAAGAGGUGAAGCCGCUUCAAGAGGAAGAGGAUGCUAUCAACUGCUCUGCUGAUAAAGCACUGGAGGAAAGUGAGAAGAUCUUCACUGAGCUGAUCCGUCUCCUGGAGAAAAGAAGAUCAGAAGUGAAGCAGCAGAUCAAAACUGAGCACGAAACUGAAAUAAGUCGAGUCAGAGAUCUUCGGAGGAAUCUGGAGAAGGAGAUCUCUGAGCUGAAGAACACAGAAACUGAGCUGAAAGAGAUCUCAAGCAGUACAUUUCACCGUGGGUUUUUUUAAACCUACAACUCACUGACACCUCUCAGUGAAUCUAGAAACUCAUCCAGCAUCAAAACCCAUCCUCUGAGAUACUUUGAGGAUGUGACAGCAGCCGUGACAGAAGUGAGAGAUCUACUACAGGGCGCUCUGAGGUCAGACAUCUCUCUGACUUUGAGUAAAGUGGACGUGAAACCAGAGCCCAAAACCAGAGCUGAAGUCUCAUGAUAUUCAGAUGUAAUCACACUUAAAGCAAACACAACCAACUGUCUGUUCUCAGAGGGGUACGGAGAAGAAACGGAUAUAUAGAUAUAUAUAUAUACAGAUUUAUAUUUGUCCCCCUGACAGAUUGAUUGGAUGUUCAUACUCUGUAGAAGUUGUAGGCUUCCUUACAAUCCUGCAGAUUAAAUCGACUGAAGUCAUUUAAAAGGACUUAAAGUGGGCUAAACGGUGUUUUCAAUACUGCUGUGUCAGUGGUUCGUUGAAAUCUUUUUAUCUGCUUGGUAAUUGUUGGAUUACUUUAAGAUCAAAUCAAGUUUUAUUUAUAUAGCACAUUUAUAAACGAUUUUUGGUGGAGCCAAAGUGCUGUACAUAUAAUAAAAAUAGCCUACAGUAGAGACACUUUACAGCAAAUACAACAGCACAGAUUGUUCAGAAUAUCAGUAUGAGAAAAAUGACACCCUCUAUCCUUAGAUGCUUCUUCCUCAUUAUGUGUAUAGCUUUGGAGACUAUCAUGAUGACUGUUACCUCAAAGGACCUUCCUCUGCAUCAAAAUGUUAACAAUUUGUGCUCUUAAAAUGUCUAGAAUUGUGUUUUAAAGCAUAUCUGUAGUCUGUGACCGCAUGGGACGAAUAUCUGUACCAGAAAACCUGGUUGGUUUUCUAGUCAUUUAACAGACUUCACUGAUGUUUGUAUGUGAACAAACUGGAGCUUUACAUGACAAAUAAACAUUACAAAAUAUCA